GGCUGGCUUUGGAAAGAUGCAAGCAAGGAAUGAAUGAAGGUAUCUUGGCCAACGAAAGCAUGACUGCAGCGGAAAGGAGCUGAUGCCUCUGCUGGCGGAUGACGCUUUGCUGCCGUCUCAGGAAGCUCCUAGCACGACUCCAGAGCAGCAACUGGAGCCUUUACCUGAGAGUUCCUGCCUGGUACUCUUUCCUCUCACUUCAGAUGCAGCAAAGCUGUGCCCUGGUGACAAACAGGGGAACUGGAAUGAGCAGCUGUGGGUUUUGUGUGUGAGGCUGCCUGCUGCUGAGGAACUCAAGAGUGGCAUGGGGACCGGUAUGAGUAAGGUUGUGGGGGGGCUGUACCUUGGAAACAUCAGGGAUUCUGAGAACAAAGAGAACUUAGUGAAGAAUGGGAUCACACACAUCUUGUCGGUGCAUAAUAAUGCUAAGCCUGUGCUGGAAGACAUGACCUACCUCUGCAUAUCAGCCUCAGACUCUUCGAAUCAAAACCUGAUACAACACUUCAAGGAGUGCAUCAAGUUUAUUCAUGAAUGUCGGCUACACGGAGGAGGAUGUCUCAUUCAUUGCUUAGCUGGAGUGUCUCGCAGCACCACCAUCCUGGUGGCCUAUCUCAUGACGGUCACUAACUUUGGCUGGGAAGAGUGCCUGACAGCCACCAAAGCUGUCCGUUCUUACGUGAGCCCCAACUUUGGCUUCCAGGAACAGCUACAGGAGUAUGAAGUCACUCUGCUCAAGGAGUACAGGGCCUGGAUUCAGCAGGAGUAUGGCAAGAACCCACUCAGUGACCAAGAGGACUUGCAGUGCUUACUUUCCCAGCAAGAAGAGAAAGUAAACCAGCAACAAGGUGGACUCAGAGAAACUAACUGGAUCAAUGCCCCGAGCCAAACUAGCUCUCAGCCACAUACUACCUAUGACAGCAGCUGCAGCCACAGCCGGUGGAUGAAUAGAUAGCAAGAGCUCAUUAAAGACUUGGAAGAACUCUGCCUGUUAUCUCUUUAAGGAGAACACAGCUAGUUAUUCUGACCCACGGUGAGGAAUGAAUAGGUCAGCUGCAUCUUGGACACGUUGUGGGUGCAAUUGGCAUUGCUCAGUGGUUCAGAGUCAAACUCACUCUAUUUCCCACCCCCGCCUCUGCCACAGGCUUGUUGUAUGGCCUUGCUAGGUAGCAUCUGUUCUCUCUCUUUGGGUUGCGCCCCUGGUAGUUGGGAUUAGCACAGCCAUUGGGGGCUUUCUGAAGUCAGUGAGAGAAAGUGAGAUGAUGGUUUAGAGCCAAAGAUGAGGUUUCCAGGAAGAGAAAUUUGAGACACAACAACAUUGAAUCUAGCAUGAUGAGCAGAUGGAAGUUGACUGGCUCAUUGGUAUUGGGGGUGCUUUCCCAAGUGACGUGGAGGGCUUUUGGCUUGAGUCCAGGCAUUUUCAUUUCUGAGGUCCUCCAGACAAUCUGUUUAUUGAGCAUUCAAUCUGAUUACACAGAGCUUAGGUUAUAUCCAAUCUUUAUUGAGUAUUCAUUCUGAGUUCUUUACAGGGAGCUUAUACCACAAUAAACAUUCUUCCUUAUUUGCUUGCA